CUUCAGUACUUAUUGAGCUUGAAUCAUUCUGGAGUGGGAUAUAACACCGUUCGUCUUCUCAGCCUUACAUUGAAGUCACUUUCGUGCGUGUCCGGCCGCUGACGCCAUCGCUUCGUCGCUUCAGUGCGUCACUUAGGCCCAGCAUGACGCGUCUCAUCCCCGUCGAUGCUUUGAUGCUGGCCACCAGGGCCCUGAUCUUUGGUCUUUGGUCCAUCACUCCAAUAUGCUGGCUGUACAUCAUCGCCUUCUUUUUGCAUGAACUUGGCUACUAUCCUUCUUCUAUCCUGCCGGAGGGCGUUCUCAGAUUCGACUUUGACCGCAAUGUCACCUCGAAAGGGCUCUUAGCGUACUGCCUGAUCGAGAACGCGUUCUCGAUCUAUCUACAUAUCCUCAAGCGGAGAAUUCAGAAGCCUGGACCUCGGCCAAUCUAUGGCAGGCGCUUCCUGUGCUAUGUAUUUAGCCGAGCGCUAGAGGGAGGCCUUGGCUCGAAGCCCUAUGGCAGCUUCAAUCCGACCGCCAAUGGCGACAGUGCCGCAAACAGACCCAACCGAGGAGCGAGUGUGUAUAACCUGCGCAAAAGGCUGGCUCCCACAACCCUGGAGCCGAUCACUGUCAUUGAGCAGCCGGCCCUCAAGCCACGGUCCCCCGGCACAAUUUCUCCAUCGCUUGGCCAGACCGAGGAUGAGAAGGCGAAAACAGCACGCAUCGCCCGCCUGCGCUCCGUGUCAUACGUUCCUUCCUUCGUUGAUGGUGACCUGCACCGCGAUGACCCUCGCGCCAAGACUUUUAUGGACGAGUACAGGCGCUGGUUCUGGAACGUCCCCAUCGAUGAUCUGACACAGAGGGAUGUCGAGCACUGGCUCGCGUGGUCGCUCUACGGGACCACCCUCGAAGAGAUUGAGGCGGAGAGCAAGGCACCAACCUCCAAGCAAAAUGAUGAUACUGGGAUACGCGUGCGCAGCUUCAGUAGCCCCGCACCACCGCAAUGGUCCGAACCCGGGGGAAGAAGGCCAAUACUGCGCAGCGUGCCCAGCAGCGCAUCUACUCUCUCGGAAGAAGGUGUGCGAAGUGUCAAGGCAGAGCCAGGGGAGUGGGAUGACCCCGUACGAGGGACGCGGCUUGAUUUCCUGCAUUAUUGCCGCGAACUCAUCGAAGCGAGGCAGGGCUUCACACUUCCAGAACAUCCGGCGGCAUGUUCACCUGCUCACACCAAUAAUGGCCCGAGGAUACGGACGAUGCGCUUGACGGUCGAUCCUGUGCGCGUUGUAUCGCGGCCAUUUGUCCUGUACGCGGUCACGAACACACUUUCAUGGCUGGUCAUCCGCAAAGCGAUUUGGGGCGGUUUCAAAAAAGAGCGGAGAGAGCGGCUCGAAUACCUGAUCUACCGGCCUCCAGGGUGGACACCUGCAAAAGCCAUCAAAGACGGUACUUCGAAAUAUCGGCCUUUGCUAUUCUUGCACGGAUUGGGAAUCGGUCUUGCACAGUACAUCGCGGUGGUGGACAUGUUUCUGCACGACACGGAAACAAUGCAACGACCCAUCCUUAUCCUAAUCCAGCCGUCCAUUUCCCAGAAUAUUUUCUCCAAAUACUUCCUCGCCCCUCUCAAACACCACGAGACGACCGGAACGCUGCGCAAGAUCUUCCGAUCGGAGGGAUGGGAUGUGCAGGGCUGCCACAUCGACUUGCUCGGCCAUUCAUGGGGGACCAUCUGCUCCGCUUGGGUUCUAAAAUGCUUUCCGGGACUCAUACAGAGGACCUGCUUGGUGGAUCCUGUCUGCUUUCAACUCUGGGUACCGCACGUCUGCGCCAACUUUGUCUAUCUCCGAGCCGAUACACCUAUGAAGCUUAUUCUGCGGUACUUUGUCGCCCGCGAAGUUGGCACUGCUAACGUUCUGUGCCGCCACUUUGACUGGCCUUCGAACAUUCUAUGGCCAGAAGAGAUCCUUCACAUCGAUGAUCCAACGCAGACACGAAUCCUCCUCGCGUCCGACGACGCGAUCCUCAAUUCGGAAGCCAACCACCGGUACUUGGUAGAGCAUGGGAUGCGAGACGAAAAGGACGGCGGCGGUCUCUUUGUCGGGCAGGGCAUGGUGCAUGGAGAGCUACUGAUGCAUCCGGGCGUCGGCAUGCAGAAGGUCAAAGCGUGGAUAAAGGGGGAGUAUCUCUAGGAGAGCAGAAGGCUCGCGUCAGGUCGCGUUCGUCUGUAUGGUCCUGUCGCA